UGUCAGCGACGCGUCGCGCCGUUGACACCUCAAUGACAAUGUGCCUCCCGUUUUAGUUUCAUAACUCUGAUGGUUGGGGGAGCAAGAAGGAAGCAUGCAAAGAACCGCAUACACCGUCUUAAAUGAUUGGACAAACAGGACCGUGUUAUUGAUUGUACGGCGAAGCUCAAAAGGCAGAGCGUCCCUAUGUAGCUCACGUGAUUACAGUGUGGUUCCUCCACCACGUGACAGUACAGAGAAGGAGAUGCUUGAUCGGAUUCUGCGUGUGGACCACGCGGGUGAAUAUGGUGCCAAUCGUAUAUACGCCGGCCAGAUGGCAGUCUUGGGCAGGUCUAGUACUGGAGUUCUCAUUCAGGAAAUGUGGGAUCAAGAAAAAAAACACCUUAAAAAAUUUGAUGAAAUACUUGCUGAAAGCAGAGUCCGUCCCACGGCACUGCUGCCACUUUGGAACAUUGCUGGCUUUUUACUAGGGGCAUCUACUGCUGUGUUGGGCAAAGAGGCGGCCAUGGCCUGCACUGUGGCAGUGGAGGAGAGCAUCUCUGAACAUUACAACAGCCAGAUACGAACACUGAUGGAGAAAGAUCCUGACAGAUAUACCGAACUAUUACAAGUUAUAAAAGAGUUCAGAGAUGAUGAGAUGGAACAUCACGACAUAGGAUUGGAAAAUGAUGCUGAAUCAGUACCCGGAUACUGGCUACUUAAAAAUGCCAUCCAGCUUGGGUGCAAAGCUGCAAUUUAUGCUUCUCAACGUGUGUAAAUGUUUAUAUUAAAGAGGACCUCAACUAAAUUUCCAAUAUUUUUGAAUUAUUUCCUGCAUAGGAUAUGUAUAAGAUAAGAUAUGGUGUUCUGCCAAAAUGUCCUACAUUGGCAAAACAUCUACAGGAGGCGAAUUUGACACCCAAAGUACGACCGGGCGCUUUCAACUUGUUUCGUUUAAAUGCAUUUAGGCAGAAUUUACUAAAAAUGCUUUAAAAAAAUACUUAAAUGUAGUUAUAUCAAAUAAGGGUGGUUUACAUACGCUACGUGGCUAAUGUGGUCAAUAGAUCAACACUGCUUAAAUGCUACCACAAGAAAACUCAACGUUUAAAAGUAUGAAAGUGAAAUACAUACACAAAGUAUUUUGAGGCAAUGAAAAGGUAAUAAAAGACUCAAUAAAAACUAAAUUAGUAAGUACUAGUUGCUUUUAACCAAUUUGCGCAUGCAUGCUCAUGUGUGCGCAAGCGCACUGGGCAUGGUGUAGGACAUUUCACAGCGUAAGAAGGUAUUACUGAAAAACUGUAUGCCCUGUUUGAAGUGUGUUAUAUUGUCACAGUGCAUCUUGACAGAAGUGUAGAUGGCCAAUCAAAGCCUGUCCUUCUGUCAGCCAAUCACAUUCUGCUAACUUCAAUCAGACUUCCACUACAGUACAAAUGGCUUUGUCUUUAUUUAUUUUUUCAGAUUGUAACUCUUGCCUUUCAAGCACACUGUUGUUUUUUAAUUAUGAUGUAAAGACAACCAAUUGUGAGUUCUCUAGCGUAUCCUCUGCUGAAUAUAGAAUUUUACUAGACUUUGUCUAGAAUUCUAAAGGAACUGUUACAGUGGAUACCAGAAUCAAUAAAAACAUUUCCAAGCCGUAAGAUCAGUGUUUGCGAUUGGGUUUGUGAACAUCUGCACCGCGCAAAGUUAAAUCUUUCUGUAAACGGUGGGUUUUCAAAUUGAUAAUGGUGUGAUGUCACAAAUUGCCUUAUUAUGCAAGUACCUACCCUCCUAUGUUCUUCUUUCACGCCCACUAAUAUCAGGAGAACAGAUAAUCCGCCUGGAAGUUGCCACUCCCUGGUUAUAAAAUGUGCCGCAUUAAGCUUACAGUAUAUAAGUAAAGCAUUAUUUAAAUAAAUACACUACUGGCUCAAUUUCUCUCAGAAAAUGAUUGCAAUUACAAAUGCUUUGGUAGUAAUAUCUUCAUUUAUUUUGCUUUCAAUGAAAAAACACAAAACAGAACGGGAAAAAAAAAAACAUUAUUAUUUUACACAAAACUCCCAAAAUGGGCCGGACAAAAGUAUUGUCACCCUUUGAAAAAUCAUAUCAUGCUUCUUUAAUUUGUGUAAUUAACAGCACAUCUUACCUAUGGAACGUAACAGGUGGUGGCAAUAACUAAAUCACACUUGCAGCCAGUUAAAAUGGAUUAAAGUUGACUCAACCUCUGUCCUGUGUCCUUGUGUGUACCACAUUGAGCAUGGAGAAAAGAAAGGAGACCAAAGAACUGUCUGAGGACUUGAGAAGCAAAAUUAUGAGGGAGCAUGGGCAAUCUUAAGGCUACAAGUCCAUCUCCAAAGAACUG